GAUUUAGGUCUAUUGCAGCGAUCUGAAGCAAUAGCUUAUGAAUACCAUUAUCAAUCUAGUGACCAUCUCGGACUAUUCCAGAGUUUAUUGAGAGACGAUAUAGAUAAGAAGAUAUGCUUGGGUUCAUAUAACCAGUGUAUACUAUUGAAAUCUAUAAAUUCACUCAUAUCGAACAAUACGAAGGGUGAUGAAGAAUUGCUGGAUAUUUGCUUAGAGUUGGGAUGUCCCGGACAUAAGUACAGUAUACGCAAAAAAGCUCUCAAAGUACUCAUACAACUCUAUUCCAAAAAACCUAAGCGUGAUAUAGGCGCGAGGACAAACCAGAUUAUAAAAUGCUUGGAUGGGAUACCUCAAAACGCUAUUAGUUUGCUGCGAUUGGCAUUACAUUCACUUCUGGUUGCACUCACGAAGCUCACACUGACACCCCAGCAUGUCCAGCUCUUCAUUGAGCUCUUUUUUUCAAAUGUUAUCACUAUCAUGCAAGAUGAGAGCAAGACCGCACGGAGAAGUGCAUCUAUUUCCUCUCUCCGUUCUCACGCGUCAGAUAUGAGCUCAGAUAACAGUACGAAUUGGCGUUUCAGAGACGACCACGCAUCUGAUAUGGAAGAAGAAGAUAGUUUCCACGUAAAUAUUAGGGAUAUAAGAUCUGAUGUCAUCUUGCAAGCGACGAUGUGUAUAUCACAACUAGCUCAUUCACACGUCAAGUUUGUCUUUAAUCACAUAUUCAAAUUGCUUCCAGACAUGAGUUUGCAUGUCAAUCCUUCGUUCACAUUAUGGGACAUAAUUAAUUCUGAGAAUAUCAACCAGGAUGCUAAAUUGUCGACUAUCCAGUGCAUUGAACAAAUACUACGAUCGUCCCGACCAUUUCUCUACCCUUCUGCUGAUUUGAACCAAAAAAGCAUUAGCUAUACCUCCCUCGCUUAUAGACUAGGCUCAUUGCUCUGGGAGUCACAUGAACGUCUUUCUGAUUUACUCUCCUCAAAUGAAGAUACAGCUAUUCAAGUAGCACUUUUGAAUCUUUCUGUAUGUCUAGUCAAUGUGACACCAUAUAGUAGAAUGACAAGUGAUACACCAACUAAAUUAUGUGCUGAACUUCAAAAGAUUAUUUUUGCUCUAAACAAUCUAGAGCAACCUAGCCAGGUGGCGUCGCUGUGUCUUUUACAAAAUGUGGUCGAUGCAGGUCUUCUCAAAGAAGACGAGAUCUAUUUCAAGAAGAUGAGCAAGUGGUUGUACGAUCAGGUCUUCAUUGGCGAUUAUUCUUUAGUUGUGCGGACACAAAUGGUUGAUGUACUUGCUAAGAUAUGGGUCUCAUUUCCUGUCUUAAGAGUUGCAGAAGACUUUAAAAGGCUCUUUAAUAUGAUUUUCAAUAAAGAUGAAAUUGAAUUCAAAAUUGCGGCUAUCCAGCUUCUUUUCUUGCAUCCUGAGAUGCAAGAGAAGCUUGAUGACAAACUAUUGACGACUUCACAUCAGAUUGGCAAGGAUAAUUGCGCGUUUAAUUGCCAUUUCCUAGAUAUGCUAGGUGCUUCUUUAGGUAGCAACUGUUUAAAAGACGACAUACUGUAUGAUACUGUUGAAUGGAUUUUGGAGGGAGUGUACUCAGUCAGCACUGACAUGAAGGUAGCAGGAUUAUCUGCUACUAAGAAUGCAUUUAGGGACACUCGUAUACGUAGCAACGAUGACCUUGCCAUGAGGCUAGAAAAGGCUUGUGUAGAUAGUCUCAUUAACACAUCACACAUUGUGAAGCAGAAAGCAGGCUUCGCGUUAGCAGAUUACUUGGAUGUUUUACAGUUACACGAAUUGAGCAAAUCUAGAUGGCAGAGACUAUUCGAUAUUGUCAGUAUGAUGCAAGCAAAGGAUAAAGGCAAGGCACAGGUGCACGUAUUCAGAGCGUAUGGAAGCAUACUUGAGAAGAGUCAGGGACUAAACGACGAAAGUAUAGAUCAAGCAAAGCGGAUGAUCAACAUCCUAAAAGAUGAGUUGCAACCUCAACUCAAUUACAAGAUACAAUGGAACGCCGCUACUGCACUUGGUAGAGCAUUCGCUAAUAGAGACAUAUAUGAGAGCUGUUCGGGUGUGAUUGAGAGCGUCGUAAACUCUCUUCAAGGAUGUGAAUCGAAGACAAGGAAUAUGAAAGUGAAAAUGUGUUGUAACAAUGCAUUAAAUAGAUUCCUUUAAUUUCAAUUCAUUUGGAGUUUUGCUGAUCUGCCUCAUCAAAGAAUGAUAGUCCAUCCCAUCUGUAACUUCAAGGUUGAGUUU